CAUCGGUUUGGAAACUACAGCAGCCCAGCCCGAGAGCUGGCACCCAGCAAGACAAUGGUGGACAGGCACCGCCGGGGCGCGACCCCCGGCAGACGGGGGAUUCUUCUAGUCGCGCUUCUGGGUGUGCUGGUGGCCAGACAGGUCACUGUGGAGGGCAUCAAGCGUUUUGGGACUCUCGGCCGCUCCGUUGUCCUGCCAGUCUCGCUAACACUUCACUCAGAGCGGCUGUCAAUCCAGUGGUCCUUUAGGAAGAAUGACUCCAAGAUAAGGAUGGUCCAACAUGAGCUACACAAGCAGCACGUGGUGUCCGAGCCGUACCGCCAGCGCCUCAGUUACAUGCCCAAUGGUUCCAUUAACUUGAUGAACCUGAGAUAUUCAGAUGAAGGAGUUUAUGAAGUUUCAGUGACCAGAAUCCAUGGGCAGGUGGAGAUGGAACGCAUUUCCCUUCAUAUAAUUGCACCCAUUCCUCGGACUCAAAUCAAAGUGUCUACAUAUGUCUCCCAGACCGGCUUGUCUCUGUUUUGCCAGACCGAGGAGAGGACUGAACUGUCCUAUUGGUGGUUGAAGGACAACAAGUCCCUACCUCGGGAUGGCAGACACAUCUUGUCUCAAGAAAACUCAUCUCUCGAGAUCAAGAACAUGACUGUGGGGGACUGCGUCUCCUACACCUGUGUGACCGCCAACCAACUGGACCACCAGGAGACCCGGCAUACACUGACAGCUGGAGAUUCCCCAGUGUGCCCCACGUGGUUCUACAACUACCUCCUAAGUGGAUUGGCUGGACUGCUCUGCCUCGGGGGUCUGUGUGUCAUAAUCUGCUACAUCAGGAAACAUCAGGAGGAAGCCCUGCAGUUCAUCAGAGAGCUUUGUGUGGAAAGACAUAGAUGGAUGCCAAAUGGAAGAGGACAGGACAGGGGAGAUUCUUCUGUGUAUGAAAUUCUGGAGCUUCGUCCACUUGAUGAACCUUCAAGAGCUCAGGAGACCAUUCCAUCCCAACUUUCUCAGGAGCGCCUCUUGUCCUACGUGGAUUUUAUUCAACCCCCAAAGAGGAAUGCCAUAUUGCCUGAUGCCGGCGGUGCCAAUGCUGUCACUGAAAGACUUGCCUCUCAAGAUGUCACCCACAUUUAUGAGAAUCAGGCUGUUUAUGCACAGGAGCCUAAUGAGCCAGCAGCCAAUCAGGAGCUUCCUGCUAAAGGACUCAGAGAUGCAGCCAAUCAGAAUACUGUAAGGGACAAUGUUGUAGCCAAUCAGAACCCUCUUAAAGUCCACAACUGGAAAAAAGUAUCCCGUCAGGAUCUCCAUCAUGAAUACAUUAAUGAUGAUCUCUCUAAUCAGCCUUCAUCAAGUGAGCCAGCACCCAAUGAGAACCCUGCAAGUAGCCUCAGUGCAGCCAGGGACAGCUCGUACCAAAGGAUCAAUGACUUGUAUUACAAUGGUCAUUAAAGCCUAGCCGUGCCAGCGGACAGAUUCAGGAUAAGAGAAAAGGCGACACAUCUUUGGGCGAAUAUAUGAUUCACAAAAAAUGGUGUUCCUGUGUUUCUAACUGUUUGUGAAAACACAAAGAAAUUAAACAAACAAGUGCUUUGAUGCUAGCUGGCACCAUCUGGGCAUGUGCUGGAACCAACACAGCUUCAAAGAUGUUUGCUUACUUCUGUCUCUCCACAUCACACUCUCUCCUCAGGCUUAGCAAAGAUGGCACAAAAGGACCCUCCACAAUGGACCUGCGCACAUUUUAUAAGCACAAUGUUAAUCACAGCAUUUCUUUGUCACCUGGAAUAUUGGACUUAUUGGACAGGAUUAGGGACUGUGGACACAUAUGAAUGGGUGCUUCUUAGCAUAAGGGACUGCUCAGGGUCCUGCAAACAGUGGGGGGACCUGAAGCCACCCAAAGAAAAGGGAUAGAGAGGUGUGUGGGCCCCAAAAUAAAUAUACUGCACACAGAGGUUUUCACCAGGAUUCACCUCGAGCUGCAUAUUCUUGGACCGGCUUGCUCCACCAAUGUUUAUUAGAUAGAGUGGCACACAUAGGGGUUUACCAAAGGGAUGGGGGCAUAUGGUUUAAAGGAAUAGAAUGAUUCCUUCAGAGCUGGAUUAGGGAGAAAUCUCCAGGAUGCUCCAAUGUCUGUUACCACCAAGUGAGGCACACAAAAUGUUUUCGUCAGAUUGGCACAAAUAGGUGAACCUGAAGCAUUUGCAGUAAAUUUUACCAGGCACUUUGGCACACAGAGAUUUUUACUUGGAGGUGUGGUGCAUGUAACAUGACAGGCUUGCAUAGGAACUAAGGCAUAUAUUACCAGAGAGACUGGCACAUAAGAGAGAUACCUGAGAGAAUGGGUACACAGACUGGCUCCUAGAAGGUUUAGCCUAGAACUUGGUCCAUGUUACCAAACAGGAUGCUGCUAAAAAUAGGUUCCUUAUAAUCAGAAUUGUGCCACUACACAGGCUAGCGCAAAGAGAAGUGCUCCUGUGCCAGGAGAGAGUGUAUAUGUGUCUAAGGAGACAAUCUGCCAUGCUGAAGGGUUUCAUUCAACUAAAGGUGAAAGGAUGGAACUUAGAAAUUGCUCCUGGAACAGGAGUGCGAAUCUCACCAGAGAGACUGACACACAGACAGGAUGGCACAGGAACUCAGGGCACAUAAAACCAGACAGACUGGCACAAAGAGGGUUCCUCCUCCAUAGCUGAGGUGCAUGUUAACUAUAAAGUUUAUUAAAGAACCAGAAGCCAUAUCUAUUACCUGACAGACUUUUACAUUCGGCUACGGUCAGCGUCACUACUGGUAGCAUGAGGUGAUACCUGGACCCUAUAGAGGUGGCACAGGUAGUCCUACUUCUCCAGGAUGGCACAUAAAUUUUGCCAGAAGGUUUGC